AUGACCACCUCAUCGCCACGCUCCGCUGUGACACCUCAGCCCACAACCUCCCACCCCGCGCACUCGCUGCUUUCUCGCGCACACUCCCCCGACACAGCCUUGCGCAUCUUCACCGAGAAAGUGAAGAACAAGCCUCUCCUCCUGCAGCCCACGUCAUCCGCAGACCGGGACAAACGCGCCCUUCGUCGCCGCAUCCGUCUCCGCAGAAAGGAGUACUACCUACGCAAACGGAAACCGAAAUCGCUGAGCGCCAAGGAGAAGCGGGAACUGGGACUAUUCAGGCUGAAGAAGGAGGAGACCAAGUACGAGAUCUACAAGGGCCUGCAUGAGUUGUGGAAGGGUUAUAUGCUCGAAGUCCUCGGCUAUGUCAAGGAUGGGCAGGUCGUGCAGAGCAGCCUGGCGAGAGUGAUGACGGCGCAGAGUCACGGCUCUCUCCUGGCGAGUGCGGACUUUCAUGGCGCUGAAGUCGAGGUGGUCGCUUGUUCGGAUGCCGGCAAAGUUGGACUCAAGGGAAUCGUGGUGAGAGACACGAAAUACACAUUUGUGGUUGUUACAGCAAAGGAUGAGGUCAAGACGCUGCCGAAGAGAAACACGGUGUUUCGGUAUGAGGUCCCGUUGCCAGGUAAUGGGAAUGGAGCUCGCGACGAUGGCCCUCAUCAAGACGACAAAGACAAAGAAAGGACCGAGUCGCCGAGACAGCUGGUAUUCGAAUUGCACGGGAAUCAGUUCGAGUUUCGGCCAGCCGAGAGAGCAAACCGAAAGUUCAAGUGGAAGGCCAUGGAUUACUUAUGA